AGGCGGGACACUUCCGGUGUCAAUUAUAAACCAAACAUAGAGGCUCGGUUAUUUUAAUGAGUCACUAAAGGCUGCCUUAUUGUUUAAAGAAGCGUCACGUCUCUACAGAGAGAUUUAAUACAGAUCCUCAGGGGGACGACAUGGCGACCACCAUCAGCACGCAGCGGGGACAGGUGUAUAUUGGAGAGCUACCGCAGGACUUCCUGCGGAUCACUCCCACUCAUCAGCAGCAGCAGGUCCAGCUGGACGCCCAGACGGCUCGCCAGCUGCAGUACGGAGGCUCGGUCAACACCGUUGGGCGGCUCAGCAUUACUGUCGUCCAGGCCAAGCUGGCUAAAAACUACGGGAUGACACGGAUGGAUCCAUACUGCAGGAUUCGAUUAGGCUACGCAGUCUAUGAGACCCCAACUGCUCAUAACGGAGCAAAGAACCCCCGCUGGAACAAAGUGAUCCAGUGUACGGUGCCUCCAGGGGUGGAUUCCUUCUAUUUGGAGAUAUUUGAUGAGAGAGCGUUCUCCAUGGACGACAGGAUCGCAUGGACACACGUCACCAUUCCAGAGAGCCUGAGGGAGGGCACCGUGGUGGACGAGUGGUUCAGUCUCAGUGGGAGACAGGGCGACGACAAGGAGGGCAUGAUCAACCUGGUCAUGUCGUUUGCUUCUUUACCAGCAGCGAUGAUGACUCAGCCUGUUGUCCUCAUGCCGUCCGUCUAUCAGGAAGGAGUAGGUUAUGUCCCCAUCACAGGAGUGCCUGGAGUCUACAACCAGGGCGUUGUACCUAUGGCUGUACCGACAACCAUGCCGGGGGUGGGGGGCCAAGGGCCGGUGUGCAGCGAGGAGGACCUGCAGGCUCUUCAGGACAUGUUCCCCAACCUGGACAAGGAGGUGGUUCGCACGGUGCUGGAGGCGCAGCAGGGAGACAAGGAUGCUGCCAUCAACUCUCUGCUGCAGAUGACGGAGGAACUCUAACCACACAGUUCCAGCAAACAAACAUGCAUGAAUGCAGGCAGGCAGGGAGGAAGCUAUCGCCUAGAGAGAGAAGACUGCAGCUUUACACAUGCACACACUCAGCUCUCCCAAAGAAACAUUAUUCCUGAGAUCCUAAUUGAUCCACGAGCUGCUGAUCAAAGGCCUGUUUCCUGUCAGUAAAAUUACCCAAACAGCUCAGAGGAAGAAGUACACGGUUCGUACUUGUACACAGCCCUGUAGUACUGCAAUGAUGGGACCAGCCAGGCAGAGAAGUAGAACUUGAUCCAUUCUGUAAGUGUUGCUUCAGGUUUGUUUGUCACUUAUAUACCUUGUUGUUAAUUAAGUAGGAUCCCCCAACCACUCCACCACCCCCCCAUAACCCAGGGUUUGAUUUGCACUGAUUGAGCUGUAGUGAGUCACUCUGAUGUUUGUUUGGUGUUUUUAGUCCCUGUGUUCCCUUCAUGUUUAGCUAUUAAAUGUUAGCUAUAUGAAAAGUCUUAUGGAAUAAAUUAUAUAGAAAUCUCUAUGAUGAGGAAGUUUCAGGUGAAUGAUUUAUGUAAAGGAAAUUUUGUCUGUUUAAAAAAAAAAAAAUCUAAAACUUUCUUAGAUGUAUCUUAAAAGCUUAAGUAUUUUAAAGUUAUUUUGAUAUAAAAUAUUGAAAUAUGUGUGCAGUGGCUUGUUACAUUAACGUCAGUUUUUGAAACUAGUGUGACUUUGAAGGUCUUCCUUCAUUUAAUUAUUAGCUUGCCAAUAAAGCUUUUGAGGCCAAGAUGUUUAA